AAUAACAACAACAAACAAAUAAACAACUCAGAAAAUUGUGAACUAAGAAAAAGUUGUUUUUAGUCGCUUACGAGGCGCCAAAUGUUUUAGUAUAAAAUUGAUAUAUAUAAAAAUAAAAAAUAAACAAAAAUACAAUAAAACACAAAGCAAAAUCAUAAGAGAUUCAACAAAUUAAACUCGUGCAAGUGCGUACACAAAUUGUUUUAAUUAUAUCAAUUAUAAUUUAUACUCUUUUCGUUGUUGUUGUUGUUGGUAUCAGCAAGUCGGCAAAUCUUUUGCGUAUUUAUAGCCUUUCUGCGGGUGUACAUGUAUUUAUAUGUGUGUGUAAUUGUGUGUGAGCACUGCAGCACACAAUUGAAAAUUAGUUGAGACGAGAAAUUGGCAAAAAACAAAAGCUAAAAGAAAACGCAUCACAAAUUCAAAGCUAAAGAGGCGACAAAACUUCUGACGUAAGCUGAAAAGAGACAACGCAAUCAGCAGAGCAGGCAACAAACAGGUAGAGAGGGAGCGAGAGAGAGGGAGAGAGAGUGUGCGUGUGACAAGGGCAAAUCUGCUUGAAGGAUUGCUUGCGCAGCAUCUCGAAGCGACCAAAGGACGCACACGCACACGUGUGUGUGAGUGUCAUGCGCAGUGGACACUUUGGUAAUGCCAACAAAAGAGGCCGCAGCAACAACAAAAAGCUAAGAGACUCUUAAGAGAACGACAGAGUAAGUGUGUGAGAGAGAGAGAGAGAAAGACAAAGAGUUAGCUACUGAGAUGGCAUUCUCGCGUCACAACAUCGAAAAGCGCCGACUCAUCGAGCUAGUUCGGCUCAAUCCCAUCCUGUGGGACUGCCGUCUGCCGCACUACAAGCGCUCCGACAAGAAGAAGGCCGUCAAAUGGAACGAACUGGGUCGCAUGUUCAACGUGAAUGGCGAGCGAGUGCAGCGCACCUUCACCUCCCUCAGGGAGAUCUUUCGACGCGAGCUCAAUCACGAGAAAAUGCUGGGCACAACGCGCUUCAAGUCCAAGUGGGAGUACUACGAUGCCAUGGCCUUUCUCAAAGAGGUCAUCAGGGAGCGAAAAUCUCGUGAACGCAUUAAGCAUCCUGUUGCAGAGGCUACUACCCACAACAACAACAACAACAACAAUAGCACAAAUAGCAACAAUAACAACAACAACAACAACAGCGUAGCCCAUGAUGAAUAUCAAUAUUUUGCGCCCAGCGAUCCAAACAAUCCCAACAAUCAGCCAAUUAAAUCACCUGCAAUCCAGCCCAGCAUUAGCCAGCUGCCUGCGGCACUGCAGCAGCAGGCGCAGCAUUUGCAGGCGCUGCAGCUGCAGCCGGACGUGACCCUCACCUCGUUGCAGAAGGCACCCUCAGCUGUUGUGCUGCCUCUGGCGGUGGCAGCCGCGCCCUGCCCCACGUCCACGCCCACGCCCACACCCACAGCGGCUGCACCUGUGCAACUGUGUGGCAGUUCGCGCUCCUGCAGCAGCUCACCUUCGAUUUACAUCAAGGACGAGCCGGAGUCGCCGGACUUGGAGGAGCAGCCCGAUGAGCUGGCAGCCAGUCGAUCGGCCCAGAAGACGCAGGCACAUUCGAAAUUGGCCACAAUUCGACCGCAGACAAAGCAACAGCUCAAAGCUCGCCUGCAGGUGGCCAAAAGUGGGCUGUAUGCCACGCCUCCGCCGCAUUUGAUCAUCAAUACGAAUAACGAGCUGAUCGAUGUGGAUGCUGGUGAUCUGGACGAUGAUGACGAUGACCUGGAGUACGAUGAUGACGAUGACGAUGAUGACCUAGAUGGUAAUCAUCGCGGCGCUUGUCCGCCCAAUGCGAACAUGAAUGUGCUCGGUGCAGGGGGCCGUCUCUCACCUGGCAGCAGCUACACAGGUGCCGGCGCUGCCAGCACACGUCAUCAGCCCACGCACCGUGAGCUGCUCUAUAUCAAAUUUGGCGAUUUUCUUGCCGCACGACUGAAUACCCUGCACGAAACUGUGGCCAACGAGCUGAUGAACAAGAUUUUACUGCUAAUUGCUGAAAAGUGAAUGCGAAGACUGGAUCAAGAGGACCAGCAACUGGUCAAGUGGAAGGAGAAAUCAUAGCCGUGCUAAAUAGUUGAACUGAAUGUGAAGUGCGAAGUGUCAUGGCUAAAUGUUUAGCAAAAAAAAACAAAACAAAAAUAAAAUUGAGUCUGUGAAUGUGCCAUAGAAGACAUUUGAUUAAUGUAUUAAUAAAUUUAUGAUCUAGGCUAAACAAUGAAAAAUUAAA